AUGAAAAUUAUAAUCAUUUUAUUACUGGCAAUUAAAGUAGCAUAUUUAUCUGGAGAAGGUUUGAAUCAUUGCACUAACCGAAAUUUAGUACACAAUGGUGUUCAAUAUGAUGAUAAAAAGUAUCCGUACGUAGUCACAAUUCAAAUGACAGGUGGGGGCACAAGAGGGUAUUGCACGGGUUCAAUGGUAAAAAAAUUGUACGUAUUGACCGCUGCUCACUGUUUUGAUGGAUAUAAAGUAGGAGAUGUAAAACUACCAAAACCAUUUCCAAAAUUAAAAAAUUUUUUGAAAAUUGGUGGCCAUCCGAAGGAUUUUAAAGGUAACAAAUCAUUAACAUGUACAUGUAUUGGAUUUGGUAAGACAAGAGAUGGUGAAAAUGCGAUGGGAUUUGAGGGAUGUUUGAUGAACACUACAAUCACGUAUGGUCAAAAAGCUUGUCGAAACAUUGACAAUUUACAAUUUAAGAAAGCUUGGAAAGAAUAUCUGUGUUCAAGAGCUGGCCGGAUUACAAUGAUAUGUUCGGGAGACAGUGGUGGUCCAAUGAUUUGCAAAAACAAGCUUUAUGGAGUAUGCAGUUUUACUUAUAAUUUCAUGAAUGGGUCGGAUAUUUGUGGCGGAGCUAACCUUCAGACGGUGCAUACAUUCUUACACUAUCAUUUAAAAUGGAUAAAUAAUAUAAUAAAUCCGGGUGCGAAUUCUGGGCUUUUGCUUAAACAGCACCAAUUGCAUACAAUUGUAGCAAUAUCAUUGUGUAUUUUACUAUUAUUUUAA